AUGGGAGAUGAGAGUGAUGAAGAGCAAUUCGAUCCUCGAACACUUCUAAACGAUGGAGACGAUCAAAAACUUCAUUUAUUUAUCAAAGCUGGCCGAGAUGGUCGAUCCAAAGGCGCAUGUCCAUUCUGUCACGAUGUUUUUCUGAAACUACUCAUCAAACGCGAAGCAGACAAUGAGUUCAGUUUCGAUGUUAUCACAAUUAAUUGCGCAAAUCCGCCGAAAGAAUUCAAAGAAAUUUCGAAGAAAUUACCAACACUUGUUCAUGGUGAUAUCGUUCUAAAUGAUGUUGAUGACAUUGAAGACUAUCUGGAUUCGUCAUUUUCGAAUUUUAAACUAUCUAAUCGAGAUCCUGAAGCGUUCAAAGUACAGUCGAAUGUGUUUACACGUUUUACUUAUUUAAUCAAAGAUGUGACGAACAAUCCUCAACCAUUGUUGGAUGAAUUAGAAAAAAUCGAUGCAUUUCUUCAACGUCGUGGUACGAAGUUCAUGUGCGGAAAUGAAAUCACAGGAUUAGACUGUUCACUAUGGCCGAAAUUACAACAUAUUCGUGUCGCGGCUGAUUAUAUUCUACGUCUAGCGAUUCCUGCUGAGUUUACCGCUUUGUGGCGUUAUUUGAAUUCCGCUUAUGAGCUUGAUGCGUUUGUGAAAUCUUGUCCGUCGGAUCAGGAAAUUGUUUUACAUUGGAUCCGUCGCGAGACAUCACCAAAACAAUAUUUACAAUUAACCAAAGAAGAACCACGAUAUUCUCUUGAUGUUCCUCAAGUAGAUUAG